UUGUCUGACGUUUCUCGCGUUUCUCAGCUCAAAAUAUCCACGUCAAAUCAUUCUACUCAAAAUCGUCCGCUGAAAUUUUUUAGUUUAAAAAGAAACUUAAACUACUGUAAAAUCUAGUAUAUUUAGUUUAAAAUGGAUUCGCUGAUGGAGCCAACCCUCUAUACUGUCAAAGGAAUGUGCAUUCUGGACAAUGAUGGCAAUCGGAUAUUAGCCAAGUAUUACGACAAAAAUGUAUUUCCCACCGUAAAGGAACAGAAAGCAUACGAAAAGAACUUAUUCAACAAAACACACCGGGCCAACGCGGAAAUCAUCAUGUUGGAUGGGUUGACCUGCGUCUACAAAAGCAACGUUGAUCUGUUCUUUUACGUGAUGGGAAGCACACACGAAAAUGAGCUAAUUCUGCUGUCGGUGCUGAACUGCUUGUUUGAUACGGUCACGAUGAUCCUGAAGAAAAACGUAGAGAAAAGGGCGGUAUUGGAAAACUUGGACGUCGUUAUGCUGGCCUUCGACGAAAUUUGCGACGGAGGAAUUAUCCUGGAUGCAGACCCAUCGUCAGUAGUGAAGCGGGUCGAUCUACGAAAUGAUGAUAUUCCCAUCGGAGAGCAAACCGUCGCACAGGUUCUGCAGUCCGCUAGAGAACAAUUAAAAUGGUCCUUGCUGAAGUGAUCUUGUAGAGAUCUCGGCCCAAAAUCUCUACUGAUAAUAAAUGAACAUUCUAUUAAGGCUAACACAUUCUUAUAAAAAAAGUUGAUAAAUAUUAAAUAAUAGCAUGUACCAACUACAAA